ACAACACUGUGCUUAUUCAGAUAUAUGGAAUCAUUCACUCUUACUUAAAAGUUGAUUAAAACAGUGUUUUUACUUGGUUCGUAAAAGUUUACCGAUAUGAGCACUUUGCCUACAUGUUACGGUAAAAGGAGUCCCAGCUUUUACGUGCAUAAUUUAAAAAUUCUCCUCUUUCUGUUGUAUUUGUUUAAAUGGAGCGACGCACUUACCUGCGUUAUGUGCAAUGCAUCUUCAAAUCAUCUGUGUAAUUUAAACGGAAUUACUGAAAACUGUUCAAAUCCGCAGGACGUGUGCUACACAGAGAUUCGGGAGAACGGUGGUGUACAUUUCAUUCGAAAGGGCUGCAUGCAAGCACAUUCAUGUCAAGUUCAAAUGAAUCAAAACUUCGCAAAUACCGGCAAUACACGAUGCAACUCUGGCCGUGAGAAUUCACUAUGUCAUCAUUGUUGCGCUCAUGACAACUGUAACAUAGCUAAAGUACCGGAACCUCGUGGAAAAAACAUGUCGUGCUUGCAAUCGUUUCCAUUGUGCCGGGAGUCUUGGUACAUUGAACGAAACGGAUUCGUUCGUCGAGGCCGCAUUUAUCAUUGUCAUUGUGACUGGGUGUGUGAAACUGAAAAUGAUUGUUGCACAGAUUAUUCCGACAUAUGCAAAGGAACUCUACCGCCAAGCCUCAGUUUUUAUUCAAGAAGCAGAAACGAAAUUUCAAGCACUGAUGCUGGUAUACUACCUCUCAGAUGCUUUUCUUGCUCGAACGCUGCAACAAAUGAACAAUGCAAUUCUGAAGGACAGAUUGUAGAAUGCUUACCGAAUCAGAGAUCGUGCUACAGUGAAGUCCGCACAGGUGGUGGUCAAAGAAGAAUUUCGAAAGGUUGUAAACAACAGCAUGCUUGUGACGUUUUGCAACAGCAAGCAUCCAUGUGCGGGUACAACCAGCCCUGCGUAUCGUGCUGUGAAAUAAACUACUGCAAUAUUUUUCUAUCUACUCGGUCCAAAAACUUUAGCUCAUCUUGCCUUGUAAAGUUUCCUGGAUUCCCACAAUGUAAACGACCUUCCUUAUCUCGAGCAACAAGAACCCAAUCAUUUACCGGUUGUACUUGUGACGCAGAAUGCAAACACUUUCGUUCAUGUUGUGAUGACUAUGAGCAGCUCUGUGAAAGCGAUGAAACAGACAAUAUGUCUUGGAUAUUUUCAGAGAUUGAAUCUCUCCAACCAAGCCAACAAACUGUUAUUGAAGAAACGUCUGGAAGCCGCAAUAUAUUUGGUCAUCUUGGCGAAGUUUCGUCUCAUUCCCGUUUUGGUGGAAAUAGGUUCCAAGCUCGAGCUAUACCUUAAUGUCCAUGCGGUUACUUCACAAAUUUAGCCACAAUUUUUAUGUAUGUGCUACACUUCAUGCUUGUUUUGAAGCAACUGUUUCGUUGAGAUCAUUUUUUUGUCAUAGAUUUAGUUGUUGUAGCGCAAUAUAUAGUAGGGUGGGGGAAGAUGGGACAUCUUUUCAAUCUAUUUCUUGUUCCAUUUGGUAGUAAACAAAGAUCAUUCAAAGAAUUAUAAAACCACAUCCUUCCGACUCGCAUAGGCCGUUUUUAAUUGUUGAAAACUCAAUACUUAGAUAUUAUGUGCUAAAGGUGUCCCAUCUUACCUCUAUUCUCCUAUAGCUAUAAUUGUGUCGUUUUAAUUUUAGGUAAUUCAGUUUUGUCGGAUUAGUAACAGAACCGAGUGGUCCCUUAUAGAUUGGGUAAAUUGUCUGCAAUAACAUUAAAAUAAUUAUUUGGUACAAGGUGUGUGAAACAGAACACCCGUGUUAAAACUCUAUCGUUGCCGCGCCAAGCAAGGAAAAUAGAAGUUAUGGGCGGUUGGGGAACAUGGAACACCUUUAUACACUAUUUUCCCAUUUGGUAGUAAACAAA